ACUCAUUCAACAGUUUCCAAUAUCUGUUUGAAUAAAAAAAAACUAGAAAAUUAUUUCAAUGGCUAAAAUAUUAGUUCAAAUUUUGGUGUCAAUUUUGCUUGUGCUAAUGGCAGUGGAAGCAGCUAGUCCUCCUGGAAAUGCUAAAGGUCGUGGGAAUGGUUAUGCAACCUGCAAGAUAAAGAAGUACAAACAUUGCUAUAAUUCGGUUCAUGUAUGUCCUAAGUCUUGUCCUUAUGAUUGUACUGUGGAGUGUGCCUCUUGCAAACCUAUUUGCACUUGUGACAAACCAGGAGCUGUUUGCCAAGACCCUCGUUUCAUUGGUGGUGAUGGAAUCACUUUUUACUUUCAUGGCAAGAAAGACAACAACUUCUGCCUUGUUUCUGAUAACAACCUCCACAUCAAUGCUCAUUUCAUAGGUAGAAGAAAUGAGAACAUGAAAAGAGACUUCACAUGGGUCCAAUCCAUUGUUAUUCUCUUUGACAAUCACCAACUUUUCCUUGGUGCCCAAAAAACAUCAACAUGGGAUGAUUCUGUAGACCGUCUUGCCCUCUCCUUUGACGGUGAGCCCAUCACUCUCAACGAAUCAGAAGGUGCGAAAUGGGAAUCAUCUGGGGUAUCCUUUGUUAGGGAAACUUCUACAAACAACAUUAUUGUUGAAGUUGAAGGAAAUUUUAGGAUAACUGCUAAGGUUGUCCCUAUAACCGAAGAAGACUCGAGGAUUCACAAUUAUGGUAUCACCAAAGAUGAUUGUUUUGCUCAUCUUGAUUUAGGGUUCAAAUUCUUGUCUUUGAGCAAUGAAGUAAAUGGUGUGUUGGGCCAAACAUAUAAACCUAACUAUGUGAGUCGUGUGAACAUUGGUGCAAAAAUGCCAAUAAUGGGAGGUGGAAAAGAGUAUGAAACCUCAAGCUUGUUCUCUCCAGAUUGUUCUGUGGCACGUUUCAUUGGGAACAAUGGAUUAAACAAAAAUAUUGGAAUUGUGGAGAAUUUGGCCCUCCCUAGCUUGAGCUGCACAAGUGGAAUUGAUGGAGAAGGAGUUGUCUGCAAAAGAUAAUUUUAUUGUCCUAAAGAGCACGCAAAUGAUACUUCAAUAUGAAAAAAUUUAUAAUUUUAUUGAUAAGAAUAAAGUAAUAUCAAAUCAUCAAAUAAAUGGAAUGAUUUUGGUUUAACCUUAAAAAAUUGUGUAUCAUGUCUCUUUAUUUUUUUCUUGUUAUGUAUUCAUGUCUCUUACGUGUAAUGAAAGAUAUUUAUAUAUUAUGUUUUAAA